GUAGACAGAAGCCUCCCAAAAAAAUAGUUACCGAUUAGAGGCAGUACUACAGCUACAUUUUCGGAUCUCAUUAGUACUGUAGAUCCAUUCCGAAAUCCCGUAAAAUAUUUUUAAAGUACACACUGUAGAAUGGAGUAUGGAGCAAUUUAAUGUAUGUGAAAAAAUAGUCCUCUCUAUCAUUGUUGGUUCAAUCAGUAAUUUUCUGGGAGCCGAAUACUCCAAAAUCGCAGCGGAUCCCGAGUAUUUUAUAUUACGAUGCUUCAUUUUAACAGUUCCUAUUGUAAUUAUAUCAGGGAUAGUGGGAUGGACUUAUCGCAUUCGGUUAAGGAGAUAUUGCGCUGCUCUGUCUGCGUGUUGCUCUUGGAUUGGAAUAAAAUUAUGCAGUCUUUUACGCAGAAUCCGCCGCCGCUGGGCAGGAGACCUGACAAAUCGUGUUGCGGCUGCCGAGUCCCACGUCGUUCGUUUACAUGGAUCUGGUUCGCAGAUUCGCGUAAGGACCCUCGACCCAGCGGGAGACUAUCAAUACGCGGACCAGGUUUAAAUGGUUUCGGAAAUCGCGAAAUCCGCAUCUAUACGGACGCCGGAAGAGCGGCUCGGCCUGUGUUAGUUGUUGAGGAGGAAAAACAGACGCUGAGAUUCCCGAACAUCGAGUUGAUGAUGCUUUUGACGAACAAGGACCUGUACAUGAACGAAACGUUUGGGUGGAAUGAAUUACUUUCGCAGGGGUUUGUGGAAUACAUUGACGUUCACGAGGAGGAGUACAUCAUGUGUGCCAUGCAUCCACGGGAUUUCUCUCGCAACCGGGGAUACUGUCAUACGUACACCCAUUGUGAAAUCCAUCCUUCCAUGAUCCUGGGUGUCUGUGGCUCGAUCAUCCCUUACCCAGAUCACAAUCAGUCACCGCGUAAUACCUACCAGUCGGCCAUGUCCAAACAGGCUUUGGGCGUCUACGCAACCAAUUUUAACACCCGCAUGGACAGCGAAGCGCAAAUAUUGCAUUAUCCCCAGCGACCGCUCGUGGAAACGGCUUCCAUGUCACAUUUACGUUUCCGCGACAUGCCAGCCGGGAUCAACUGUAUUGUCGCCAUUGCCAGCUACACGGGCUACAACCAGGAAGAUUCCGUUAUCUUGAAUGCCGCCGCCGUCCAGCGGGGGAUGUUUCGGCACACCCUGUACACGUCGUAUCAGGCCAAAGAGGGCAUGUCGACAUACCGGAAGAAUAUGGAAGAAAUUGAAGUGCCUGAUCCGGAUGAAUGCGACGGAAUGCGGCCGGUUAUGUACGAAAAACUGGACGAUGAUGGCAUUAUCGAGCCGGGAGUGCGGGUGUCGGCAAGUGAUGCGAUUAUUGGAAAAACCACAACCACCGGAUCGCGAGCAAAGCCUUUGUCGGAUGAAGAGAUAAAUCCAGAAAUGUCAACAGAGAAGCCCAAGAAGGACACCAGCGUCCUGCUUCGUUCAUCGGAAACAGGGAUUGUUGACCAGGUGAUGGUGAGCAUGAAUGUGGAAGGGAACAAAUUCUGCAAAGUGCGGGUCCGCUCUGUAAGGACGCCGGUAAUGGGAGACAAAUUUGCCAGCCGCCACGGACAAAAGGGAACUGUUGGUAUCAUAUAUCCAACCGAGGAUAUGCCCUUUACUUCGGAAGGUAUAACACCGGACAUUAUCAUCAAUCCGCACGCUAUUCCGUCCCGUAUGACCAUUGGUCAUCUUUUGGAAUGUCUCCAGGGCAAAGCUUCCGCAGUUCAAGGAAUCUACGGUGUCGGUACUCCAUUCGAGUCUCCCGAAGUGAAAGAAAUAGCUGCGAUCCUGAAAGACAAGCAGUAUGAUCAGUAUGGCAACGAAGUGAUGUAUAAAGGAUUUUCCGGCAUGAAACUCACCUCGCAAGUGUAUAUUGGCCCAACGUUUUAUCAGCGCGUAAAGCACUUGGUGGAAAACAAGAUGUACGCCCGUGCACGUGGAGCCGUGACCGUGCUGUGUAGACAACCACAGGGAGAAGGAAGGGCGAGAGGCGGUGGGUUACGGUUUGGUGAAAUGGAACGGGAUUGUUUGAUAAGCCAUGGCGCGGCUCUGAAUCUGCGGGAACGAUUGUUCGAAGUGUCGGAUCCGUAUCGGGUUCAUGUGUGUGAUAAGUGUGGAUAGAUUGCUAUGGCUAAUCUUACCAACAGGACCUUCGAAUGCCGACGCUGCGUCCGAAAGGUUGAUGUUUCGCAGAUCACGAUUCCGUAUGCCUGCAAACUGCUCUUCCAGGAACUGAUGUGUAUGGGAAUCUCACCGCGCAUUGGGGUUUAGCUAGUGUGGACUAUGAGCUCUUGCUGUUUUAUGGAGAGUCCGGCGCGAAGACAUUGUUUACGCUGUGCUGAUGUUUUAUGAGGUUUUUUGUACAGGGUUUUUCAGUAUUGUGAUUGGUGCAGAUUCUCCACUGUCUUUAGACUGCUUUAUUGAUCUGAAAUUUCCGAUUCACCGAACUUUUCUGACUGAAUGGAACCGGGUCUUUAAUUUUGAGAAAAAAGUUGCGCUGCA